AUGGUUGUGCCGGUUAUCGGAAUGAUUUAUGAGAUAUUCUGCGGGGGAUUCCCGAAACUAUACGAAGCCAAGGCCGGCCGAAUUCUAAUUAUCGACCCUCUCACUGGAAGUUUGAACCAAAAAGACGCAAUACACGGUCCCGCGCUCGCUGUCAACCAGGGAUUUCGACUCCAAAGCACUCGUCUGCGGAAGGUAGCGGCAGUGAGGAAGAACAUCAUUCUCCGUCUACCGCAGCAAGCGCGCAGCCAGGCGAGCCGCAAAAGAUCGAGCCGCAACAGAAGUAACAAACAACGGUCCGGCGGUAGACACGACUUCACCGUCAACUCGUACGGAAUCGAAAUGAGGGAUUUGAACAGUUACACGUGCGGUCGAAUGGGCUACCUUGUGAAGGCAACCCUUCUAACGCACGGAUACAUUGUGAUUAUCAAAGCGACCACGGCAGAGAAGCAAGAUCGUCUUCAAGCAGAGGUGAAAAAUUAUAAUCGCCUUAGAGAUCUGCAGGGCCAACAAAUUCCCGUUUGUCUUGGAGCUUUCAAACCAAGCAUUUCAUAUUGGUACCACGGAGAGUUGAUGGCGCAGAUUAUAAUCUUGGGUUGGUCUGGAAUGCGGCUUCAGCACGUCAUCAACGAAGAAAAUUCCAGCUUCUUUGACCUGGAGCGCAAAAAAGUUCUUGCUGUGCUACGGUCGCACGGAAUUAUCCACGAUGAUAGUGAGUGGCGCAAUACGUUAUGGGAUGAUGCGGGCUGCCAUUUGGUUAUCAUUGAUUUAGAGGACAUGAAGUGGUUGACACGUCCUCGUGCGCUUGAGCCAGCCUCAGGCAACACAUGUCGUGUCCAUCGCGUCCGGGAUGAGAAGGCUGGUGUCUGCGCAUGA